GUACAUUUCUCUCACAAAAUUGCAACGGAGACAAAUGUUCCUCUUCCAUCUUUUUAUCCUCCUCUGUCCUCAUUGUGAUUAAGCUCACAUCCGCUUUCUGCCUAUCGCUCUCUGAAAAGUUUUGGUCACAGUUUCUGUCUCUCUCACUCUCUCUCGAAUGGACAGUGGGAGUGCACCAGCAACAGCUAAAGUUCAGCAUUUGACGAAGGCUUCAUCAGAUGAACUGCUAAGGAAAUUUGCGGAAGUGGGUUCGGGAUCCAAAGACAAGGCCACCGCGAAGAAGGAGCUGUCGCAGUUGGCAAAACGACGCCGCCACCACCGGAAAAAAAUCACCAGAGAAAAUGACUUUGGUGAUGAUGAGCAGUACUGUGAGAACCCCUCCUCCUCCUCCUCCUUAAGCUGCCGGGCCAGUUUGGUUGAGAGGAAGUCGCUUCUUCCUGCUGUGGCCGCAUCCACUCGGAUGUCGUCUGCGCUGAUUCGGCGGCUGGGGAUUGGGAUUGGGAGGUCACGGCUCAGGUCCAGGGAGUUCAAGAACUUGUCCAUUUUCGCCACAAUUGACAAGACAUGGCGUAAAACAGUUGACAGGGCUUCAAAGGUCUUCUUGGAGAUGCAUUACAACCAGCACAAGCGCUUGAUAAAUGAUAUUGCUUAGACCAUGCUAUUUCACAUUAUGGAAAUUUUUAUCUGACCUGGGGUGUUGGGAAGGAAAGUUUGGCCCUUGUGCACUACUAGCGUCUAACUUAUAUUUACUUAUUCUUGUGUAUGUAUUUUAUCACCACAGCAAAAUAAUUGUUGAAUUUUGUGUCAUACAAAUUAAGUUUUGCCCUCAAAGUUGUCUUUUAUGGACUUGUGUGAUUUAAAUUGGUCAUCCAAUUUUCCCAUUAUAAUUUAUAAAAUCCAGUAAACAUUUUGCUAUGGAAAUUUUUAUCUGACCUGGCGUGUGGUGGAAGGAAAGCUUGGUCCUUGUGCACUUCUAGCAUCCAACUUUUAUUUACUAUUCUUGUAUAGGUAUUUCUAUCACCACAACGAAAUAAUUGUUGUAUUUUGUGUCAUAUAAAUUAAGUUCUGCCCUCAAAAUUGUUUUUA